AUGACAGAAAUGAAAGGCGAACACAACUCUCCUCAGGAUGUGUGGGACCGAUACCUUCCUAAAUGGAACCAAUGGCUAGAGUCACUCAAUCAUCUUAAAAAUGUAAACGUGAAAAGAUGCUACCGGCCACCAGAUUUUGGCGUCGUCAAAGGCAAGGAAAUACAUAUAUUCUCCGACGCCAGCAACCUUGCCAUUGGAGCUGUGGCUUAUUUGCGACAAGUAAACGAGCACAACCAACCCUACGUCUCUUUUUUGCUGGCCAAGGCGAAGGUAACGCCAACACAUGCUGUAUUCAUACCACGACUGGAACUUUGUGCAGCAGUACUAGCUACCACCCUUGUACGGACAAUUUGCUCCGAACUUGGCAGCCGAAUAAUAUUAGAUAGUACCACUUUUUACACAGACAGUAAAGUGGUACUAGGAUACAUAUCCAACGAGUCAAAACGAUUUCACACUUACGUCGCAAAUCGAGUGAACAAAAUACACGACACCUUGUUAAAACCACAUCAGGGGCACCACGUACCUACAGACGAGAAUCCUGCCAACAUAGCUUCACGUUCUGUGCCAGCUAGUCAUCUCAAUGCUACAAUUUGGUUCAAAGGACCAACGUUUCUUUGGCAGAAGAACUACUUGUCAGAAUCCAGAGAAAAACCUCACCCGAACCCGCAGUAUCUACUCUUUGAAAGUGAUCCAGAAUUACGUACAAGACAACGUAAAUUCUACAAACUUAUCAGCUACUCACAUAACGAAGUCUAA